UGGUCGUGUGCUGUAAUUGCGAAAGUAAGUGGUUCUCGUGAGAUUAUUCGAUGUGUUUUGUGAGGGUUGAUCUGACAUAUGUACUGUAGACUCUGAUUAAUGAUGUGUGACUGAAAUUGUAGGUUCUAGACUUGCAAUUGAAGAAUUCCCUGGGAAUUCUUACUGAUAUUGCAUGACUGCAUUUGAAUUUUCAGUAACUUCAGAUCUAUAUCCACUUAGGUACGUCAUUGCUUUCGACCAUUGUAUUGUUGCAUGAACUGAGAUUUUGGUCUCUAUUGCAUUCUUCAUUGUGAACUGUAUUCAGUUGUAAGUUAUUAACGUGUUAGUUGUGAUCAGAUUUUGAUUCAUUUGGAAGCAUUCUGGUCUACGACCGCCCUAACUUGAUGAACAAUAAGUUCUACCCAUCUAUAGUAGUAAGGAUUUUAAAAACUAAUUUUCACCUUAUCCUCGUUACCACCUUUAUAGAUGAAAUUUUCGAUGAUUAACGAGACAUUUUUGAUUGUUGAAAUAAAUGGUUAAAAUGCCGGUCGAUAGAUGACCCCAAUAAUAUGUUGUGGUCGAGUGAUAGAUCCUCACAAAACCAUAUUAUCGACUUAAGUUUCUGGAUAGUUCAAAAUCGAAAACAAUAUCACUAGUCAAAUGAAUAGGUUUUUAUGGAAUAAAAUAAAAUGUUUCUAUGAUGAAUAUGAACGCAAAACAAACAUGACCAAAUGUUAUAGGUGAUUAGGAGAAAUUAACCGAUAGAUCAUUCAUUCUCCAGUCAAUUAAGACUUGAUUGUUGUUUAUAAAAAUUCCAGAUUAGGGAAAUCAUUGAAACCAAUUAACUUGUUGACCUUGAGUACUAGAUAAGUGCGCACUGGUAUUUUUGUUCACUUUUCCCCGCUGUGUUGCAGUAGUGUGGCAAUCGGAACCGAUGUACAUUUGUAUCAGGUCUUACAUUUUUUAUAGGUGAAUAACUAAAUUGGAAUAUUUUACUAGCAAAGCUAGUUACUUAAUAAGUAUCCGAUAAAUACUCUUCAGUGAUAGUUCUUAGAUCGAUUCAUUUUUUAAACAAAAGCAAACUAAUAAACAGCAUAUUACUUUUCAAAAACCUUUGCUUAUAGUACUAAAACCUUUCUCGUAAAAAUCCUCUUUCUCUCUGGCUAUAGAUUAAAUUUCAAGAUGUGUUUAGUAAAGCGUGAACUUAAGAAUUGUGUGGGUUAUCUUAAGAAACGUAAUGAUGUAAUUUUCCUCGGAACAAAAGUGAAUCCUACUGUUAAUUUGGUUUAUUUUGGAGGUGAUGUACAGGAUUACGAAUAUAAUAUGAGUCAAAAUAAUUUUAAUAAUCAGUAUAUUAGAUGGAAUUUGGAAGAUACUGCCCAAAAUUUGUAUGUACGAUUUACCAAUCACUUUCGUGACUCUAAUCCCCAUGUGUGGAUUAUUCGUGCUUCACAUUGGAUAUCUAAUUCAAUAGCUUGUUAUGUUAAUUUCAUGCCUUUUACGAAAUCUGGUGUGCCAUUAUUUGAAAAUGACGAUAUCUGUAAACUGACAGGAAUGAUGCAUUUAAGUUGUUUGCUGUCAAAUGCAGCUAAAAAGUUGUUAAAUUGUGAAGCUAAUAUACAGUGUCAAAUAUCUACUAUCCCUAUAAGACUGAUUGGUUUUAGCAAAGGUUGUUGUGUUUUGACAGAGAUAUUAUAUGAAUUUUCAGUAUUAUCCCGCUCCAAAAAAUUACCCGCUGAUUCCGUGAAAGGUGUUCCUGCACAAGUAUUGGGACUUUCUCAAAUCAUAACAGACUUUUACUGGCUUGAUUCUGGACAUUCAGGUACACAUCAUCAGUGGCCAGUUUCGCUUAACUACCUAUCUUUGCUGAACCCCGUCUCAUGUCCCAGAAUACAUGUCCAUGCAUCUCCCUAUCAGAUAAUGAACCAGCUAAAACCUCAAAAAUCUAAUGAUUUUUAUAAAUUUCUGGAUAUUUUAUCUCACUUGAAUUUGCCUUUUAAAAAGCAAUUGCAUUUUAUGCCUGUUGAUCAUGAAAAUUCAGAAUCACCGUUUACCGAUUUGAGAUCAAAAAAUGAGAUGAUCUGUUCAUUAGACUAUCAUUUCGAGAUUUUGAACCACUUUAUGUUUUGAAUUAUACUUUUUGAAAUAUGCUCUACUCACCGUUUGGUUAACGUUAUUUUUAAAAUAUAUGAAUGUCGUGAUUAAGAAGUUAUAUUUUCUUGCUUAUUGGCAUCCCUGUUUCCACUGAAACUAAUGAAUGAUCUUGUACCUUGAUCAGUCAUGGGUUGUAUACGGAAGUUUUAUAAUUCUUAUAAUUUUAAUUUCUUACCAAUGACCUAUUCUAGAUUUUAUAGCAUUCAUUUGAUUCUUUAUAGUCUGCCCAUGAAGAGAUCUUGUUUUAAUCGUUCUAAUUACCUUGUUUCAAUUGUUUGUUUAGACUGUUGAACAACCUUUUUUGAUCCUUCUGGGUUUUCUUGUAUUCAUUGUUUCCGGCUGAUUUCCUAAUACAAAGAGACAAUUUAAGGGUUGCUAGUUUACUGUCCGAUUUAUAUUCACAGUUCUUUUUAUUAAAGCUUUGGGAUUUCAACUGAAUUGAGCGUCGGUACAUUGUAUUUGAGUUCUGAGUUUCUCAAGUAUCAUUUCAUUUGGUCUCGCUAGCAUGAAAUUAAUUAUUUGUGAACAUACUUUUUCAACUAUGAGGUACUUGUUUUCAUUAUAUCUAAUUUAAG